AUGAUGUCGUACCUGAAAGUAAUGAUCAUAUGGAACAUACUUUGCUUAUCUCUGGUGAUUCUUUCACUGCCUCUGGUUCAAGAAGUGUCUUCUCAAGAUUUAUCAAGCUGUACAGGGAGAUGUGGGGAAGGGUAUUCUAGAGAGAAUGACUGCCAUUGUGAUUUUAACUGUCAACACUACAUGGAGUGCUGCCCUGACUUCAAGAAAGUCUGCACAGUGGCAGUAUCCUGCAAAGGACGUUGUUUUGAAGCCUUUGAAAGAGGAAGAGAGUGUGAUUGUGAUGCAGACUGUGAAAGAUUUGGCAAAUGUUGCCCAGACUACACGGAACAAUGUAAAGCAGUACACACAGAAAAGCCAACACCAAAUAUCCCUCCAGAAAACAAACCAACAGCUAAGGAACCAUCCAAAAAUGAGGAAGAGAAGCCAGAGGAAGUAACGCAGCCCCAUGAAGUUGUGGAAGUGACGAGUCCUGCUCCAACUACAGAACAUACAACCACGACUUUGCCACCUACUACAACAACAGCACCAACGACCAAGGCAGAUCCUCCCACCACCCCCAAACCUGAAGACACAACCCCAGAGGCACCAACAACCAAGGCAGAUCCUCCCACCACCCCCAAACCUGAAGACACAACCCCAGAGGCACCAACAACCAAGACAGAUCCUCCCACCACUCCCAAACCUGAAGACACAACCCCAGAGGCCACAGAGGCACCAACAACCAAGGCAGAUCCUCCCACCACUCCCAAACCUGAAGACACAACCCCAGAGGAAACAACAACCAAGGCAGAUCCUCCUACCACCCCCAAACCUGAAGACACAACCCCAGAGGAAACAACCAAGACAGACCCUCCUACCACUCCAAAACCUGAAGACACAACCCCAGAGGCCACAGAGGCACCAACAACCAAGGCAGAUCCUCCCACCACUCCCAAACCUGAAGACACAACCCCAGAGGAAACAACAACCAAGGCAGAUCCUCCUACCACCCCGAAACCUGAAGACACAACCCCAGAGGAAACAACCAAGACAGACCCUCCUACCACUCCAAAACCUGAAGACACAACCCCAGAGGCCACAGAAGCACCAAUGACCGAGGAAGAUUCUCCCACCACUCCAAAACCUGAAGACACAACCCCAGAGGCCACAGAAGCACCAAUGACUGAGGAAGAUUCUCCCACCACUCCAAAACCUGAAGACACAACCCCAGAGGCCACAGAGGCACCAAUGACUGAGGAAGAUUCUCCCACCACUCCCAAACCUGAAGACACAACCCCAGAGGAAACAACCAAGACAGACCCUCCUACCACUCCAAAACCUGAAGACACAACCCCAGAGGCCACAGAGGCACCAAUGACUGAGGCUGACUCUCCCACCACCCCCAAACCUGAAGACCCAACCACAGAGGCCACAGAAGCACCAAUGACUGAGGAAGACUCUCCCACCACCCCCAAACCUGAAGACACAACCCCAGAGGCCACAGAGGCACCAAUGACUGAGGAAGAUUCUCCCACCACUCCAAAACCUGAAGACACAACCCCAGAGGCCACAGAGGCACCAAUGACUGAGGAAGAUUCUCCCACCACUCCCAAACCUGAAGACACAACCCCAGAGGAAACAACCAAGACAGACCCUCCUACCACUCCAAAACCUGAAGACACAACCCCGGAGGCCACAGAGGCACCAAUGACUGAGGCUGACUCUCCCACCACCCCCAACCCUGAAGACACAAUCCCGGAGGCCACAGAGGCACCAAUGACUGAGGAAGAUUCUCCCACCACUCCAAAACCUGAAGACACAACCCCAGAGGCCACAGAGGCACCAAUGACUGAGGAAGACUCUCCCACCACCCCCAAACCUGAAGACACAACCCCAGAGGCCACAGAGGCACCAAUGACUGAGGAAGAUUCUCCCACCACUCCAAAACCUGAAGACACAACCCCAGAGGCCACAGAGGCACCAAUGACUGAGGAAGAUUCUCCCACCACUCCAAAACCUGAAGACACAACCCCAGAGGCCACAGAAGCGCCAAUGACUGAGGCUGACUCUCCCACCACCCCUAAACCUGAAGACACAACCCCAGAAGAAACAACUACCAAGGAUGAUGAUCCCAGUACCGCAAAACCUGAAGAUACAACCCCAGAGGAAACCACAACCGAAUCAGACCCUCCCACCACCCCAAAACCUGAAGUCACAAUGCCAGAGGCACCAAUGACUGAGGCUGACUCUCCUACUACUCCCAAACUUGAAGACACAACCCCAGAGGCACCAACAACCAAGGCAGACUCUCCUACCACCCCUGAACCUAAAGACACAACCCCAGAGGCCACAGAGGCACCAACAACCAAGACAGAUCCUCCCACCACCCCCAAAGCUGAAGACACAACCCCAGAGGAAACAACAACCAAGACAGAUCCUCCCACCACCCCCAAACCUGAAGACACAACCCCAGAGGUCCCAACAACCAAAGCAGAUUCUCCCACCACUCCCAAACCUGAAGACACAACCCCAGAGGUCCCAACAACCAAGGCAGAUUCUCCCACCACUCCCAAACCUGAAGACACAACCCCAGAGACACCAAUGAUCAUGGCUGACUCUCCUGCUACACCUGAAGUGGAAGAGGCAGAUCUGCCCACCACCCUUAAGGUCAAGAGGACUACACCUGCAGCCACUGAGGCUGACACCACUGCCACACAGAAAACAAAACCUAUUGAAGCAACAACUACUCUACCUGUACUAGUAAGAACUGUUAAAAAAGAUACAAGUACUCGAAGCAGUGAGUCUAUCACAACUAGAAAAGAAACAACAUUUUCGGAAACAACAUUUUCAGAAACAACAGAAGAGAAGAAAUCUACAGCUCCUGUAGUCAAACCAGCAACCAGCACGACCCCAAAAGAUACGACUAAAGAAGCAGAAAGGACAGUGGUGACUGAAUCUAGGACCACUGAGACUGUAACAAAAACUGACAAAAAAGAUAAAACAGCAGCUAAAAUUGUCACUACCCCUAAACCUGAAGUGACAACAACUAAAGCAGAAACAACUACGGUGAACAAAGAGCUAACAACACCCAAGAAAGACAAAAGCCCUGUACCUGAAGACAUUGUAACAACAACUAGGAAAGAUACAACUAUUGUAACUACAGUGAUAACAAGUAAACCACGUGACUCCCCAAAAGGUAAAGAUGACAUUCCAAAUACAAGUUCAACAACAACUAGGAAUGACACAACUGUUGUAACUACAGUGAUAACAACCAAACCAGGUGACUCUCCUAAAGGUAAGGAUGACAUUCCAAAUACAGGUGACUCUCCUAAAGGUAAGGAUGACAUUCCAAACACAAGUUCAACAACAACUAGGAAUGACACAACUGUUGUAACUACAGUGAUAACAACCAAACCAGGUGACUCUCCUAAAGGUAAGGAUGACAUUCCAAAUACAGGUGACUCUCCUAAAGGUAAGGAUGACAUUCCAAACACAAGUUCAACAACAACUAGGAAUGACACAACUAUUGUAACUACAGUGAUAACAACUAAACCAGGUGACUCUCCUAAAGGUAAGGAUGACAUUCCAAAUAAAAGCUCUACAGCCAAAGAAACUGUCACUACAGAGACUGAGUCAGAAACAACUACUGUGGACAAAAAGACUGUAACAACUGCAGCUACAACUCCCUUGUCCAAGCCCACUGUAUCAACAACAACUCUCAAAACAGAUUCAACUCCUAAACCCAGGGUGACUGUAACAACAACUAAGCAGACUUCAACAGCACCAGAUAAAGAGAACACAAGUAAUACUUGUAUUGUUGUAGAGAUAAGAGAUGGUAAAAAAGAGGUAAUGACCAUCAAAGAAACCAGUGUCACACCUGCAAAAGAGCCAAAAGAUACCACUGAAAAGACUCCUAGUACUGACAAACCAGAGGAAACUACAAACCCCAAAGAGACCACUACAAGAGGUAAAAAAGACACAAUAGAAGAAAUGUUUCUUGUUUCUAAAGGGACAUCCAAGCCAACUAUCCAAUUCCGAGAGGUUAUUGACACAACAGAUGAGCCUCAUCCAGCUGACCCUGAAACUCUGCCAGUGGAAGAAAAGCCGGAGAUAAAUAACAAACCUUUAAUACAAGUCCCGGACUUGCCAAUUUUAAUUGGAGAAACACAAGAGAAGAAAGAUGAGAAGGACCUGUGCAGUGGGAAGCCCGCAGACGGCAUGGUGGCCCUCCCGAACGGCACCCUGGCUGUCUUCCGAGGUCACUACUACUGGCUGCUGAAUGGCAGGAAUCCACCCACCACCAACCCCCGGCGCAUCAGGGACGGCUGGGGCAUCCCCUCCCCUAUUGAUGCCGUCUUCUCUAGGUGCAACUGCGAUGGCAAGACCUUCUUCAUCAAGGGCCCCCUAUACUGGCGUUUUACUAACGGUGUUAUGGAUAAAGGCUAUCCCAAACCUCUUGCAAAUGGAUUUGCAGGGCUAAGUGGGAAAAUAAUGGCAACUCUCCCUGUGUCAAGAUACAACAACAGACCGGAAUCUGUGUAUUUUAUCAAAAAAGAUGGCAACAUGCAACAGUAUGUGUACAAGCAAGAACCAGCCAAGAAGUGCCAAAGAAGAGCCCGAGUUACUAUAAGAUACCCAGCUUAUGUCCCAAGACUUGUGAUAAGGAGACGCUUCCAACGUGCAGUGAGAAUGCCAACUCUUAUUCAGACCAUCCGGAUCAACCCGCAUCCAUCUGGAUUUUUGCAUAAGGAAAUCAAACUGAACUCAUACUGGAAAGGGCUCCCAAAAGUUAUUCAUUCAACUCUGUCAGUACCCAACUACAAUAAACCCGAUGGCUAUGACUACUAUGCCUUCUCUUACAAUCGAUACUACAGCUUGGAUGUUGGCAAACGGAUAGCGAGACCCGUGACUGCUCUCACAGGCAAAACUGUCUCCAAGGACUGGUACAACUGCCCCAAGUGA